UCAUCAAUUUGCAAUUUCUACCUAACUUCGUGCGGAGCAUGCAUCGUUGCAAAUUUUACGACAAACGGUCCGUUUAUUGAUGAACUCUUCGUGGAUGUAGUUAGUUUUGCUUUGAUUAUGUUGUCUUGACUUUUUAUUUGCCUUUCUCCACUUCCAGGAAUAACUGUGAGCUUCAGAAGUGCUCUGCUGUUAUGCUGACAUCAUCCAAGAUUCCUGGAACAUAGCUUCUCCAAGCUGUUUGAUAUGCCUGCCAGAAUUUCAGGGUUUGGAGCCAUACCUUUUUGUGACAUGCCAAUGGACACGAUACUUCUAAGUUCCAGUCCACCUGGCCUAGGUUGCUUCCCCACAGCAAAUUCUUUGGGAUAUUACCAUCAGAGAGUUCCUCCAAAAGGUGGAUUCAGUAUGGGGAUCGGAUUGAAGGGAGAUUUCCUGAUGCAAAUGCAGCGAGACAGAAGAAAACUACCUCUUCGCUCAUGUAUCAAGAGCAGAACUGUAACCAAUGGCUAUGAUUAUCGAAAGAACAGUCUAGAUAAUAUGACGAGAAGUGCUGUUUGCAUGACGAACGGUAAAGCGGCCCAAAGUCCUGGCUUACAUCGGAGAAACGAGCUGAAAUCGAAGCCUGAGAUUAGGGCGUGUAAUGGGAAAGAGAAAAAGAAGGUAUCUUUUGCAGAUGCUCAGGGGUAUUCACUCCAGACUGUGAAGUUUAUGGAUGGGCCAAGCAAUAUGCCUCCCAAGUUGAGCAUUCACUUACUUGAUGAUGUCAUUCAAAAUGCUGAAGCAAAGCCUACGAACCCUUACACUUACGUGCCCGACUUUGAACAGCCCGCAUCUAAUUAUUUAGAGUUUCGAAAGAGGCUGGAGAGUGAGACUGUGUGUCUGGAGAAUGUGAUGAUCAAAGAUAACAUCACAGUCGUAGGUACCAUCAAAGUGAAGAACAUUUCUUUCGAGAAAUCCGUCUUCAUUCGGGCUACGUUCGACGAAUGGGAGACGCACAUAGACGUACCGGGAUCAUACGUGUUCCCUAGUCAAGCAUCAAACUCGUAUGACAAAUUUGAUACGUUCUCGUUCAGUCUCGACAUGCCACCCAACCAUGGGGGAAAGAGUCUGGCAUUCUGUGUCUGUUACACCGCAAACAAUCAGAGUUUCUGGGAUAGCAACCAUGGAAAUAACUACAAAAUCGUCACAGACAAGGAAAAGGAUUUUGUGCAAAAUCGAGAACAACUUUCAUUAAAAACCUUGAGUGGGGGUCGAUCGUAUGGACAGUUUUCAUACUGGCAGGUCGCUGGCCAGGAAGAACGACCGUAUUGGUGACAGAGGGCUGAUAAUUAUUGCAAGUGUAAUUGAAUAAUAGAAUACGCCAAAGUUUAUGCCUUUGGAAAUAUUUAGGGUUAUAUUUUUCUUUAUAAUACUGUAUUUUCAAUGAGUGAGUAGCACUGAUAUAUUAUAUAUUGAUUAAUAUUUAUUAUGUGUGAUGAUGGUAAUUUGAUGACAAUUUAUUGUAGUAUUAUUGCAAGUCUUAACAUUUUGGAUGCAGUCAUGUCAAGAUUAAUACACGUACCGUACAGUCAGGUGUAUCUCGCAAAUAACAGGAUUUGUUAAGGAUGGGCUACAUUUCACAUUUAAUCUAUCCUGGAUUCAGUACAUGCAUAUGCGUACCAAGUAUAUUAGUUGCUUUGAUAUGAUUAUUUGUGCUUUUGGGCAAACACAAGUUGAAAGAAUUUUUGUUCAUUUUAAAUCUGUAGGAGACUGGCACCUUACAUUAUUUUUCUACUGCAUGCAAAAUGAUGCAAUGUCAUGCAUAUUCCUAGGUUUUAGUCAAAAAUUACAUUUAAACCAGUCGACUGAUAAAUGACAACUCAAAUUAUCAUGCGUAGUUAUCUACAUACAUAUCCAGCUAUGAUUCUGAAAUAUCUACACAAUAUUCUUCAAGUCCAACAAAAGUCCUACUACUUAAUGUGCUUUACUUGCUUUUGAGCUGUGAUUUGGGGUUUUGUGCAACUGCAGUGCUAGAUCAUACCAGGUAUUCAUAGUUGGAUACAGAUAUAAUUUCUGACUUCUAAGUUCUAUUAACUUACAUAUGUAGGUUUAAAUUAAUGUUUGUAUUGAUAACAAUUAAUGGAGGUUGGUUGGAACUUGGAAAACCAUACAGUA